AUGCAGUGUCUGCGCGGGUGCUGCGGGCCGCUGCCCGCGCUGCCGCUCUGGGUCAGGCGGCUGCUGAUGGCCCUGAACCUGCUGUCCGUGCUGUGGAUUGUAGUCAGUUCCACCGAGGAGGGCGACGACGUCGGCCUGGAGGUCGCUACCGACUGGAUCGUGAUCGCCGGCACCCUUGGCCAGGCGAUGCUGCUCUACCGGCUGCUGGCGCGCCCACGGCGCACCGCCGCCCGGCUGCACCUCCAGUCCCUCGGCACGCUGGCGGCGUGCAACGCCCUGCGCGCGCUCGGCGUGUCGCACUGGUCCAUCCGCCGGGCAGUGAGCUGCCACUGGCCGAGGUGCUGGCCGCGCUCUCGCUGGCCAGCUUCUGCGCCGCGCUGUGGCACCGGCGCGGGGGCCCCGCCGUGGGCCUGGAGGGCGAAGACGGUAUGGAGGAGCGCGCGUUCGAGGUGUGCGCCACACCCUGCCCGGCUCGUGGCGCGGCUGUGGCCCGCGCGCCCCGGCGCGCCCCUGCCGCCGCUGCGGAAGCUCCUGGAGCACGCCGUGCUGCCGGCCGCCGCGCUGGCGGCCGGCACGCUGCUGGAGGCCGCGCCAGCAGUGGCCACGCGCCCGGAGUCCUGA